UCCGGGCAAUUAGAGUACCACCUACCACCCACCACCCACCACGACCUGACCAGGGAUCACGACACGGACACUCCAGAAGAUUUGACGGGCAAAUGCUCGCGCGCCACUCUGCCCCACUACAGAAUCAGAACUUGUGCGUGCUCUCUCGACCGUGUCAUCGUGUGCUUACCAGUCCUGGUAGGGCUGUCGCGGUUCAACAUUCACGAAAAGCUGCCGAUUCAUUCCUUCUGUUCAACUGGGAAAGGGAAGGCCAGGUACCAUACCUACGAGUCCAGGGGGCCGGGGACUUUUUGCCCGCCUCGCUUCGCCGCUCGCCCGCCGCGCACAACGCACGCCUGCUGCAGUUCCCCUCCCUCCCUCGCAUCGCACCCCUCAGCCGCCCUCAUGACGGCCCGCGCGAACGUCAGACGCCGCCAGACCUUGCAGAAGAGCAACCAUGCGAUCCCAAAACCCGUGAACAGCGGGCCGCCCACGCCGCGUGUGAUCAACGCAGCGCCGCUGCUUGAAAAGGCCGAGAUGUACGGAAUCGACGACGACCGUCCGCUCUACUCGCGCAUGAUGGCCCUGGCCGGUCGCAUCUUCAUCGAGACCAUUCCGCAAUGGAUCGCAGUUGGGGUUAUGCUGAGCUUGAUCUUCGGAGGCUGCUGCUCAAACGUCUUCGCUCUUGAGGCCAUCAUCAAGGUCGAGCCCGCCAGUGGAACUCUCCUCACUUUUGUCCAGUUCCUCUUUGUCGCAGUGACGGGAUACGUGUCGCAAUUCGAUCGCAGGAGACCACCCCUCUUCAUCAAGGCGAACAAAGUACCGAUCAAGCGGUGGCUUUUCAACAUCAUACUAUUCUUCGGCAUCAACGUGCUGAACAACCAUGCUUUCAGCUACGAUAUUUCAGUCCCUGUCCACAUCAUACUCCGUUCAGGCGGAAGUAUCACUACAAUGAUUGCGGGCUUUAUGUACGGCAAGCGAUACCCCCGCAUUCAAGUUUUAGCCGUCAUCCUCUUGACGAUAGGGGUUGUAUUGGCAGCGUGGUCCGACGCCCAGACCAAGGAUUCGGCAGCCGGAGCGAGCGAGCAUGAUGGGGGUGGCACUGGCAGCAGCACCCGCAGCUUUACCAUCGGACUCGGCAUACUCUUUACGGCACAGGUCAUGUCGGCCAUUAUGGGAUUGUACACUGAGGAAACGUACCGUAAAUAUGGACCGCAGUGGCAGGAGAACCUUUUCUACUCUCAUAUUCUGUCACUGCCGCUUUUCAUACCAUUCAUGCCGUCUCUCUAUAGACAGUUUAUGAAGCUGGCAGCCAGUGAGCCGCUGACGCUCACAACACCCUUUGGCAGCUUCAUCGGAGAUACAGGCCUCGAAAACUCGCCACUAGCGCAACUGCAAAAGAGCCUGGAGCAGAUCCGCAUGCCCAGCCAGAUAGUGUACAUGGUUCUCAACGUGCUGACGCAGUACGCCUGCAUCCGCGGUGUCAAUCUUCUGGCGGCAGCAUCCUCUGCUCUUACGGUCACUAUAGUGCUCAACAUUCGCAAGUUGGUGAGCCUGCUGCUGAGCAUCUGGCUCUUUGGAAACAGACUCGCACCAGGCACCUUGGCCGGUGCUAUGAUUGUGUUUGCGUCUGGCGCGCUGUAUUCAAUGGGUGGAAGCGGAGGUGGCGGCGGGCCCAAAGCCCGCAAGGUGCAACCAGCGCAGAGAUCUCGGGCAGGGAGUCAGAUCAAGGUGGGAUAG